AUGGCCACCCUCCGCGGUGCCGCCUGCUCGUCGCCCUGCCUCGUCGCCGCGCUCGGCCUCGCGCCGCUGCCCGACCUCUCCAUCGCCUGCGCGACCGCACCCGUCCGCUGCGCGUGGGUGCGGGAUCACGGCGGCAGGCUGACUGCGCAGCUCUCUCCGCCCGGAGUGGGCGACGGCCCCCUGCUGCCGCUCGGCCACCAGGCCGCCACCGACGAAGGGCUGGGCUGCCCGAUCCUCGCUGACGCGGCGCUUGACCCGCUGCCGCCUCGCGAGGUGCGGCUGGGUGCGGUGGCGGUAGCCAUUGACGCCGACGAGCGGGUGCUGCUGACGCGCCGGCCGCAGAGCAUGCGCUCAUUUCCGGGCGCGUGGGUGAUGCCGGGCGGGUCCGUCGACGUGUCGGACGCGACGGCCGCGGCGGCGGCGCUGAGGGAGCUUCACGAGGAGACGGGGCUGGCUGUUGCCUUUGUGCCGGUGCGGGUGGGCGAGCCGCCGCCGCUCGUCCUGCAGCCCGAGGAGUGCGACUGCGCCGUGUGGGUGCCACUGGCGGAGGCGGCAGGCCUUGUGCGCGACGCCGACGGCAGCCCCGCGGGCUACGAGCGAGCUCGCGUCAUGGGCGGAGGCGGCGGGCCGGCGGUGCCGCUGGCGUCGCUGCGUGGAGUCUACCCGAACGAGGUGGGGGAGGGAAUCGCGCGAGGGCACUUGUGGGCGCUUCGCCAGCUGUUGGCGAUGCGCCGGGGGCAAAAAGAAACUAUUUGA